AUGAUAACUAAUCCUGGGAUCGUAAGAACAAAAUUACUAGAAAGUAAAUCUACUCAUACUCCUUAUACUCAAUCUACGUUUCAUAGCCCUAGUAACUCAAGAACGUUGUAAACGACUUAUUUUAUCAUAGAGGAUUCUUCAACAAAGAAUUAAAAAAAAUAUAGGAUUCAAAUAAACUCUAACCUUUCUUUGUGGAAAAAUAAAGUCAUUCAGCUACAUCAUCAUGUCAUACUUUUAUGACUUAGAUGGAGAGUGCUUAACAAUAAAUUAGAGCGAAUAAGUUUGGAAAAAUAAAAAGCCGAAAAUAAAUGACAUUAUUUAACAAUGAGGAAUUUUUAUCUGAUGAUAUCCUUGAGUUGUACAAUGAAUAUGAAAAGAAUUAUACCACUUUAAAUAAAGUAGAGAAAUUUGUUGAUAUAUAAAUUUCGUAAGUUAAUUAGCCUUAAUUUACAAUUGAUUCUUAAGACUUUUUAGCUAUCAGUGAUGAAAAAUUAAAAUUAAAUGAUUUAUAUAAACUGAACAGAGUGAAAAUACAGAGAUUUAAAUUCUAUUAUUUUAGAAUAAAAACAAAAGGCAGAAUGUCUCCUGUUCAAAUAUUUUUACAUUGUCCGGAUAGAGUUCAAAGUUCUAAUAUUAGAAUGUUCAUAUCAUCAAAAGCUGAAUUUCCUACUAAAUUCAACUCUGAAUAAAUCAUUUAAGCCAAAAAUGCCAAAAUGUACGCUGAUCAUAAUCAACCUUAUUUUUCCAAGGAAUUUUUGUAUAUUACAAUUUACUCAGACAUCGACUUUGAAGUAACAAUUGACAUUAUCUUUGGAAACCCAAUUCAGAAAAUUGCACCUCGAAAAUAGUAAGUAGAAGAAGACCUUUUGGAUAUUCGUCCACAAACUCAAAGGGUUAUCAGGAGAGAUAAAAUUAUUUACAAUUUGGAUAUGAAGUAAUAUUUGCUAAAGAUGAAAAAUUUUGAAUAAAAUAAAGUAAAUAAUGAAUUAAUGAAAGGUAGAAAGAGAGUAUAAACAAUAAUUAGUGUUAACAAAUAAAAAAGUUAUUUAAGAGGAAAAGCAAGUGGAUAAGGUAUGCAAAGUUUUAGCCAGAGAAUCAAUAAAUUAAUACAGAGAAAUAGAAAAAAUAGUGAAGCAGAGGAGAGAACAAACAAAACUGUUUUAAAAUUCUUGGUGCCAAAUAGUGAGUUUGUUUGAUUUUUGUAAAGAAGUGAAGACAAAAUUAGAAGUAAUUUAAAAAUUGAUAAAAGGAUAUCAAACGACAUAAGAAGGCUCAAGCAAAAGGAAAGUUAUUGGUUUGGCAAUUAAAAACAAUGGCAUUAAUGAAAGUCUAAAUAUAUGGAUCCACUCCUAAGGAGAGAACAAUAUUCAAAUCAAAAUUGAUCUUAUAAUCUUAUGCUUUUUUGAUAAAAAAGAAAACAAAGUUGUUAGCUGAAGAAGUUAUUACUCGUUUUAUUAAGAAGAUGCUACUCUAUCUAACAACUUUAAAUAAAUAAUAGAGUCUAAUAAAGAAAGGUAUGGAAAAUAUAUUUGAUUUAGUGAAAACAAUUCAAAGAAAAUUUCGGAGUUUGAAGUAAAAACGAAGAAUGUUUAGAGAUAAGUUUUGGAAAUAGAUAAAAGAGAAUAUAAGCAAUAUCGUUUAUUAAUUAAGAAGAUAAAAAGAUGUUCGAAAUUUAUUUAGUGAUGGCAAAAGACCUACAAUUCAAAUCGAUGUGUAAAUAAUUCAAAUUCAUUUAGACCUGUAAUGUAGAGUCUCAUUGAUGACUACUGCGAAAAAGCUAGGGCUCGAUGGAUGAAUUACAUUAAUAGAACUUUCAAAGAAAAGAAUAGGGCAAAAGUAAGAUUUUAUCUAAGUUAAAUUAGAAAAUUUAAAAUGUGGCAUUGAAUUUUACGGAACCAAAAUUAUAUGACAUGCCAAAUGAAUACGAAUUAACUUAAUUAAUUGAUCAAUAUGCUAAAAUUAAAAAAUUAUAUUGA